UAAGUAUAAAUAUGGACAUGAACACAGGAAAUGGGUAUGGAAUAAAUGGGGACGGUAGGACAGGGACGGAAGGCACUCUGGCGCACUUAUGCAGGCCCCCUUUUACGGACUUCUUAGGAAUGGGAGUCUCCCCAUCUUUUUUUUACAUCGUGGGGAACCAAACCUGGACGCGAUAUUCCAAGGGUGGCCUUGCCUCCCUUCGCUUCCUCCUUUGGCGAACUUCGGGGAGCUGGCCGUGCGCUGCACAGGCACUGCAGAGACUGACAACGCUCCGGGGAUGGAAGAGGUGCCCGAAGACUCGCGGUCUUUUUCUCUCGCACGCGCGUCUCCCCUCAACCGUGACGAUCGCCUGCCCGGGGCACCCGCCUAUCCCUAAUCCAUGCAGGAACGCCCUGCGAGGGGAGCGUGGGCAAAACCUCUCCCUGGUCGCAGUGCCACUUUUCCAGCGGGAGCCUUUGCGGGAAGCGGGAGGCAGCGGAGCGCUCCAAGACCCCUCGGCAAAGAUGGGGGCGCCUCGGAUGGGAAACCCCUACCUGGAAGACCCCCUGCUCCAGGGCUACCUGAGAGCCCAUCUGCCUGCCCAGGUGUUUGCCGAGGUGAACGUUGACCUGGAACGGUUCGGAACUCGUGUGAGAGAUGAAGUUGACUUCUUGGGCCGUGAGUGUGAGCUAAACCCACCCAGAUUAUUGCAUUUUGAUGCCUGGGGACAGCGUGUGGACCAGGUGAUCACCUCCCCAGCCUGGAAGAGGCUGAAGGACAUCUCUGCUGAGGAGAGCCUUGUGGCUGAAGGUUACAAAAGGAGAUACUCCUGUUGGAGCCGUGUUUAUCAGAUUGCCAAGAUGUAUAUUUUUAUACCCUUUUCUGCUUCCUAUGGAUGCCCUCUAGCCAUGACUGACGGAGCAGCAAAAGUAAUUGAGUCUUUAGGUAUCCCAAAACCCUUGGAGGAAGCCUAUGCUCAUUUGACAUCAAGUGACCCCAAGACAUUCUGGAUCUCUGGCCAAUGGAUGACUGAACGCAAAGGCGGCUCUGAUGUUGGAGGUGGAACAGAAACUGUUGCACGGGAACUUCCAGAUGGCUCCUACAGCCUGCACGGUUUCAAAUGGUUCACAUCAGCGGCUGAUUCAGACAUGACGUUGACCCUGGCAAGGAUCGUGGGCCCUGAUGGGCAGAUAAAACAGGGCUCCAGAGGCCUCUCUCUCUUCUACCUGAAAACAUAUGAGGAUGGGAAGCUGAAUGGCAUAAAAAUAGAGAGGCUGAAAGAGAAGAUGGGCACGAGGCCGUUGCCAACUGCAGAGCUGUUGCUGGAUGGAGCUCGAGCACAUCUGAUCACUCCAGAAGGCCAGGGGAUACAUUACAUUGUCAAUAUGAUGAACAUCACUAGGAUCUAUAAUACUGUGUCUGCAGCAGCAAGUAUGAGAAGAAUUGUUGACCUGGCACGGGAUUACACCACCAAAAGGGAAGCCUUUGGAAAACCCCUCAAGGAUCACCCUUUGCAUAUGCAAACUCUGGCACGAAUGGAGGUGCAAAGCCAAGCAGCGUUCCUCCUGGCGAUGGAGCUGGCGAGACUGCUUGGCCUGGAAGAAACGAAGAAGGCGACGGAGCAGGAGAAGCACAUGCUGAGGCUGCUCACCCCUCUCGCUAAACUUUAUACGGCAAAGCAGGCUAUCGCUGUGACCUCGGAAGGCUUGGAGUGUUUCGGAGGACAGGGCUUCAUGGAAGACACAGGACUGCCUGUUUUUUUUCGGGAUACCCAGGUGCUACCAAUCUGGGAGGGAACCACCAACGUCCUGUCCCUGGAUGUUCUGCGCUGCAUUCUCAAGAGCCAAGGAAAAGUGCUGGAUGUCUUUUUCUGCACUGCCCAGGCCAAGUUGGAGGCAGCUACCCAGCAGUCCGAACUGCAGGCUUCUGUGCAAAUAAUUCAGAAUAAUCUGCAAAAACUCAAGCAGUUUGUUCGAAGAACGGACUCAAAGGGAGAAGCUGGCUGGCAGCUGGCAGCGAGAGACUUUGCCUAUACUCUGGCAUGGAUCUAUGAAGGAGUCCUUCUACUGGAGCAUGCCGCCAGGGCUGGCGCAUCAGCCACAAACAUCUACGCUGCUCAGAGGUGGUGUCAGGAGGAUGUCUGCCUUGUGGACAGAGAAGAGAAGGCUGGUUCUUACAAUUCUAAAGGAGCUUCCCUGGAUAAAUCUUUGGUUUAUGAUGGGUAUUCUUCUCUAAGAGGAAAACUGUAGCAAUUAACAGCUGAUCACUAAAAAAUGAAGAACACAAAUACAAAAUUAUUUAACAGUAAAGAUAAUAUCUCUGGCUUUCCACAACCCUCGGGUAAUGCUCUAUAUUCAAAGUGCUUGGUAUUAUGGCAUUCAAUUCUCAUUUUUAUCAUUUGAAUACCUGUAGUGAUGUCUGGCAACUUUUAUUCUCUCAAUUAAAAGUGAUUCUUAAUAGACUACUUCCAGCUAUAUAAAUGGGUGUGAAAUUAAUUUUUUCUCGUAAUUUGUCCAAUAAUGAUUGAUUUAAAAAAUAAUUUCUGUGCCUCUGCAUACUUUGAAUAAAGAAAUGUCUGGCUUGCUGUAAUUAUUUUCUUCAUAAUUAACAAAAUAUAUUAUCUCUGGUUCCCCCUUUUUCCACAACUCUCAGGUUUGCACUUGUGUAUUAUGAAAUUGGUUCAACAUAUCUUGGGCUAAACAACUAAAUCCAAAUAAAUGAAGACAGGUGGAUUAUUA